AUGUCCCGGGUACUGAUCGUCGGAGCGGGUCUGACCGGCAGCCUCUGCGCAUGUCUGCUGAGGAGGGAGCUGCAGAGUAAAGUUCAGAUCGUGGUGUGGGACAAAGCCAGAGGUGCAGGGGGCAGAAUGUCCACCAGCCGUCCUCCCGAUGUCUCAUCGCACUCAGUUGAUCUGGGAGCUCAGUACAUCACUGCCACGCCGGCCUACGCUCAGUCCCACCACAGCUUCUACUCAGAGCUGCUGUCAGCCGGCGUCCUGCAGCCGCUCAGCUGUCAGAUCGAAGGUCUGCGGCAGCAAGACGACAGCAAGAACUACAUGACGCCACUGGGCAUGGGCAGUGUGGUCAAACACUUCCUGUCUGAGUCAGGUGAGCACUUCCUGUCUGAGUCAGGAGCUGAUUUGUUCUUCGAGCAUCACGUGACCGCUCUGUACCGCCGUGGGGCAUCAUGGGAGGUUGAGAAAAAGGCGGGAGGCAGCGAGACGUUUGACGCCGUCGUCCUGACGAUGCCAGUCGCUCAGAUCCUGCAGCUGCAGGGAGACGUGGGACAACUCCUGUCUGUCCAGCAGAAGCAGCAGUUAGACGGAGUCGUCUACUCGUCUCGUUUCGCCGUCGCUCUUUUCUUCUCUCCAGAUGCCGCCUUCAGUUUUUCCUGGGGGGCUCGAUACGUCAGCGACAGUCGCUGCAUCUGUUACAUCGCUGUGGACUCCAGGAAACGAAACAAAGACUCACCUGGUCUCGGUCCGUCCCUCGUCGUCCACACCAGCGUCCCGUUCGGCUUGGAGCAUCUGGAGCGAGACAAGGAGGACGUCCAGCCAAUCAUCUUGCAGGAGCUCCACAGACUUCUCCCUGGUCUGCCUGAGCCAAUCAGCACCAAGUGCCAUAAGUGGAGGUACUCCCAGGUGCUGACCUCGGUACCAGACUGUCCAGGUCACAUGAUCGUCCUCGACCAACCGCUGCUGGUCUGCGGCGGCGACGCCUUCUGCCACUCCAACUUUGACGGCUGCGUGGAGUCUGCACUGAGCAUGCUCAGUGCGCUGAAGGCCUCGCUGUGAGUCCAGCAGGAGACACUGAUCAAUAACCAAUGAGUCAUCAGUUAAUCAGUAACCGGUUAUUACAAGUUAAUUAAGUUUAUUAAAAGUUGUGAAUUAAAUUAAUAGAUUGUUGUUGACUAAAUGUUUCUGUUUUUGUCUUUAAAUAAAGUGAAACUUUUCUGGAUUAAA